ACAGAGGACUUAAGAAUACUCUGUGGUAGACGAGAGACCUAGUGACGCUGUGUUCUGUCUGUGGGUGCCGCGACACUCCGCGGUUCGCGUUUGAUUCAUAUCAGUUAUUUUCCUAUUUACUACAAAAAAAAUCGGUUAAAAUGUCUACAUUACCACACAGCAAGAAGCGUGUAUGCUACUACUACGAUAGUGAUAUUGGCAAUUAUUACUAUGGACAAGGACAUCCUAUGAAACCACAUCGUAUAAGGAUGACACAUAACUUACUUCUCAAUUAUGGUCUUUAUAGGAAAAUGGAGAUUUAUCGACCUCAUAAAGCUACUGCAGAUGAAAUGACAAAGUUCCAUAGUGAUGAAUAUAUUAGGUUUUUGAGGUCCAUAAGGCCUGAUAAUAUGUCAGAGUAUAACAAACAAAUGCAAAGAUUUAAUGUAGGAGAGGACUGUCCUGUUUUUGAUGGAUUAUAUGAGUUUUGUCAAUUAUCAGCUGGUGGAUCUGUAGCUGCUGCUGUAAAACUUAAUAAACAAGCUUCUGAAAUUUGUAUAAAUUGGGGUGGUGGAUUACAUCAUGCCAAAAAAAGUGAAGCAUCUGGUUUUUGUUAUGUAAAUGACAUCGUUUUGGGAAUCUUAGAACUGCUUAAAUAUCAUCAAAGAGUUUUAUACAUUGAUAUCGAUGUUCACCAUGGGGAUGGUGUAGAAGAAGCAUUUUAUACCACUGACAGAGUGAUGACUGUUUCUUUCCAUAAAUACGGUGAAUAUUUUCCUGGUACCGGUGAUCUCCGUGAUAUUGGUGCAGGAAAGGGGAAAUAUUAUGCAGUCAAUAUACCACUAAGAGACGGUAUGGAUGAUGAAAGUUAUGAGUCAAUAUUUGUACCUAUUAUUUCAAAAGUAAUGGAAACAUUUCAGCCCUCUGCAGUUGUUUUACAGUGUGGUGCCGAUUCAUUAACAGGAGACAGGCUGGGAUGUUUUAAUCUUACAGUGAGAGGUCAUGGUAAAUGUGUCGAAUUUGUAAAAAAGUAUAAUUUACCAUUUUUAAUGGUUGGUGGUGGCGGAUACACAAUAAGAAAUGUCUCUAGAUGUUGGACGUACGAAACAUCGGUAGCUCUUGGUUCUGAAAUUGCAAAUGAGUUACCUUAUAAUGAUUAUUUUGAAUACUUUGGACCUGAUUUUAAGCUGCAUAUUAGUCCCUCUAACAUGGCAAAUCAAAAUACUCCAGAAUAUCUUGAAAAAAUAAAGACCAGAUUAUUCGAAAAUCUGCGGAUGUUGCCACAUGCACCAGGUGUACAAGUUCAACCUAUCCCAGAAGAUGGUGCAGUGAUCGAAGAUUCAGAGGCUGAAGAGAAAGUGAAUCCAGAUGAACGGUUACCACAACGUGAUCUGGAUAAAAGGAUACAACAUGAAAAUGAAUACAGCGAUAGCGAAGAGGAAGGAGAAGGAGGGCGAAGAGAUAAUAGAUCUUUCAAGGGUUCCAGAAAACGACCGCGCUUAGAGAAAGGUCAAGAAGGUAUAGAAGGAGAUCUUAAAAAGGAAGAAGAUAUAAAAUCGGAACCAAAAGAAAACGAAAAGGAUGAGAAAACAAAUAUCACAAACGAAGAAACAAAGAAGGAUGGUGGCGCGAAUCCCUGAUAAACGGUUGCCAUUCUACAUUUAAGAAAUUGGAAAAAGUCCUUAUUUAAAUCAAGUAUAGAUAAGUAUAGGUAACUUAAGUCACGAAAAAACGAUAUGCGUUGCCACAAAUUCAAUAUAUGAUACGAAAUUUCCUUUAUAAUUUUUCACUAUUCCAGUUAAAAAUCAUAUACUUCAAUAGUAAAAUGUAUCAGUUGAAUUCGUGGCAAGCGAUGUUGUGAUCGCGUACACGUAUGAGCGUGUAAUUGACUCCAAGCGCUCUGCAAUUUUAAUUGUUAUCUCAUUAAAUUUACAGAGGUCUUUCGGUAUUCUUAACUUGACAGUUCAUGAAAUGACCGAUUCUUAAAAUAUUUUUCGAAUCGUAGAAUACCCUGAAUAGUCUGAUUAUUUUUACGAUUUGAUUAAAUCCAUUUUCGUAUCUAGACAUACCGAAUACACCUAAUCAGUUAGAUGAAGGCACAUUAAUUACAGAGACAAUUUUCAUAACUGUAAAGAUCAUAUUUUACAACAUUUAUUCGACGUUUUCAUUGAAAUCAUAGAUCGUCAGAGAGUAGUUUUAGAUAUCUAAAUUUAUCAUUUGUAUAUUUCGAUAAAUCGUGCAGAAAUAUAACAAAUCUUAAUAGAACUGUUUAAUAAGCCCAAUUACAAUAACAAGAUGACUGUACAACGGGCAAAUAUUAUGGGUUAACAAAUUGUUUGCUUUCUAUUCUUGUACAUAAUGAAAAAUCAGAUUUAAACAAAGUCCUACAUGCAAUAAUACAUAUACAUAUAUAACAAACAUUACAAUAUUCUUUUUGAUAUGUAAAGUGUUUUAUUUUAUAUGAGAAAUUUGAUUGAAUGACCAGUAAAUAAGAAAGUUUGAAGGAAUUAUUAGAACGGUCAAUGAACAUAUUGGAUUCAAAUGUAGAUGUAAAGUUUUGAUUGUAAGUUCAGCAAAAGUAAUUUUUAAGUGUUCAACAUUACGUAUGCGAUGUGGUCGAUUUAUAUUUGUGCGUUGAGAUUGCAAAAGCAUUCUUGUCUACAAAGAAAGGAAAUGGAAAAAAGAAAUAGUGUUACCCUCCAAGCGCGUUACUUUAGAUAUUUGCGCGAGAAUAAAGAUACAUUAACAAC